AUGGGAGGCAUCAGACUCGCAGCACUCACUUCAUCUGCAAUCAUCGCAGUUCUCGGAAACCUGUACCUCGUUUCUUCGCAGGUCACCCAGACUAGCACCGCCGUGCUUCAACGGCGCAUUCUCGAAAGAAGAGAUGCCUAUACUUGUUAUGGGAGAGACGCGAACGCCACGGACUGCCAGGCUGCACUUGAUCAGCUCCAGUCAUUUGAGGACCAAGAGUUCCAAGUAUAUUCGGGCAUCUGUCUGAAUUGGUCUCAGGACACUUGUAACAUCCGAUUUUGCGCUCAACCCUACGUCACGAAGACCGUCAACCGCACCGCCUCAUGGCUUCAACAUUGGGCAAACAAUACUCUUAUGGGCUGCGUUUCUGGAGGGCAGUACGCAGUGAUGGGGGACUCGACCAAUCUAAACGGCAACGGGGGCACAUACCGAUUGCAUCUCGAACACGCAGGCCCGAGGCAUGGUUGA